AUGGAACAACUGCUAGAACGAUAUGAGGAAUUAAAGAAACGGAACAUUCAGAAAAAUUAGAGCAUGAUAAAUUAAUAACUCAUUUGCUCUAUAUAGAAAAUAUCUCAAGCUAAAAUAGAAAAGAGAAUCACCCUUGUCUAAGAUGUAAUAAAUAUAAUAAUGAAGCUCGGCUUAUUAAGGAAAUAGAGAGAACCUUUAGGAAGUAGCUAUUCGAAUUGUUAAAGUUUAGUCAAAGAUAUUGAUAUGCAUAUCAAUUCCAUUAUGUUUGAAAUAGAUAAACUAGAAUAAUUAAAAUAGAAAUCCCAAAGAUUCUUACGACUUCAAAGUUAACCGAAAAUAAAACCAGACAAAGCAUCAACUGAUGUCAUGGCUUAGACAGGAGGACUGCUAUCAAGUACCAGCGAUGGUUAAACAAGAAUGUAUCAUAGAUGA